AUGGUCUUUGCCUGCCGCGCCAGGGAGGAGCCCCUUCCGGUGGCUCUGCGUUCUGGAGACGUGGUGAUCUUAUCGGGCGCAGCUCGCCUGGCCCUUCACGGGGUCCCUAAGCUUCUCUACUACGCGCCGAGCCAGCCUCCUACUGCAGCUGCAGCGAAGCGGACUGCUGCUAAUGCUGCUGCUGCUGCUGCUGCUGCUGCUGACGAACAGCAAUCCAGCGGCGGCAGCAGCAGCCAGAACCACGCAGAUACGAACAGUUCUCGAGAAAACCACCCAAAGCUGCUGUUGCUGCACAACGAACAGGUGGAGCAGCAGCAGCAGCAGCAGCAGCAACAGCAGCAGCAGCAACAGCAGCAGCAACAGCAGCAGCUGCAGGUGGAGUUAAUGGACUAUGCUCUGUGCCUGCCUCAUUUGCUGCGGGCUGAGAGGGCUUUACAGGGGCUGCUGCAGCAGCAGCAAGAGAGAAUUUUGUUUUGGCAGCAGCGGCUGCUUCAGGUGUAUAGGCAGCUGCAGCAGCUGCGGCUCAAUAUCAGCUGCCGCGGGGUCAGCGGUAGAAGCAGCAGCAGCAGCGAAGGCAGCUGCAGCACCAGCGACAGCAGCUGCAGCAGCGGCGAUAGCAGCUGCAGCAGCAGCGAUAGCAGCUGCAGCAGCAGCGAUAGCAGCUGCAGCAGCAGCGAUAGCAGCUGCAGCAGCAGCGAUAGCAGCUGCAGCAGAAGCGAUAGCAGUUGCAGCAGAAGCGAUAGCAGCUGCAGCAGCAGCGAUCGCAGCUGCAGAAGCAGCGGUAGCAGCUGCAGCAGCAGCGACAGCGGCUGCAGCAGCAGCGAUAGCAGCUGCAGCAGCAGCGAUAGAAACAGUAGAAGCAUCUACAGAGUCUGCAGCAGCAGCGACGGCAGCUGCAGCAGCACCCACAGCAGCAGAAGCUACAGGAGCAGCAGCAGCACCCACAGCAGCAGCAGCAACGAUAGGAGCAGCAACAGCGAUAGGAGCAGCAGCAGCGGCAUCAACCGCAGCAGCAGCAGAAGCAGCCGCAGCUGCAGCAAGAGCAACAAAGGAUAG